AUGGUGGAACAACAGGUAAGAGAAGGACGAUCAUUGGCUGAGACCCCUACUUGGGCUGUUGCCACCGUGGUCACUUUUAUGGUAACUCUUGGCUUCUUCUUUCAGACCAUUCUGAAACAGUUUGGGAAGUGGUUGGACAAGACUAAGAGAAAAUCUCUACUUGCUGCUCUGGCUAAGAUCAAAGAUGAGUUGAUGCUUUUUGGCCUUUUGUCAUUGUUGAUGGGUCACUGGAUUGUAUUUGUGGCAAAAAUUUGUGUUAAAUCAUCAGCCUUGAGCAGCAAGUUCUAUCCAUGUGAACUGAAGGGUUAUUCGAGAUCGGUACAGCGCAUUUCAGUUUCGAGUUCAGAUUAUUUGAAUAAAACGCUUGUUGGAGAGCAGUUGAACACCAGGCAGCAUCAAUACUGUCCUGAGGGCCGUGAAUCUUUUGCUUCAUACGAAAGUCUUGAGCAGCUUCAUCGUUUCAUAUUUGUUCUUGGUGUUACUCAUGUUUCUUACAGCUUCGUUUCCAUUGCCUUGGGCAUGAUUAAGAUAUAUAGCUGGAGAAUAUGGGAAAAUCAAGCUAAGACCAUGGCCAUUCAGAGUAUCCAAGGUUCAUCAGAAGAUGCAUCAAGCAGUAGAAAAUUGAUGCGACUGUCUACCUUUGUUUUUCACCACACCUCCCAUCCAUGGAGCCAGCAUGGAAUUCUGGUUUGGCUGACCAUAUCCGAAAGCUUGAUAGAAGCCAUAGACAUCAAAAGAAGUAACCAAGGUUUUGAUUCACUCUUGCAACAGUUGAUUUCAGUUGUAAUCUUCUUAUUGAAACUCUUUAGUUGCCUGCAUACAAUAGUUAAUGGGGGUUAUGUGAAGUACAAAACUGGAGCUGGUGUUGUACCAGGCAAACUCAAUGUUCAUUUGGUUGCCCAUUCUCAUGAUGAUGUUGGAUGGUUGAAGACCGUUGAUCAGUACUUCGUUGGAUCAAAUAACAGCAUUCAGGGUGCUUGUGUAGAGAAUGUGUUGGACUCGGUCGUGGAAGCCUUGCUUCAUGAUCCAAACAGGAAAUUUGUUUUUGCUGAGAUGGCAUUUUUCCAACGAUGGUGGGUAGAACAAAGUCCAGAAAUACAAGAACAAGUGAGAAAACUUGUAGAUGGCGGCCGAUUGGAAUUCGUAAACGGUGGUUGGUGUAUGCAUGAUGAAGCAACAACCCAUUACAUAGAUAUGAUUGACCAAACAACACUCGGUCAUCGUUUGAUAAAAGAGCAGUUUAACCACACUCCUCGGGCUGGAUGGCAAAUCGAUCCGUUUGGACAUUCUGCCGUACAAGCUUACCUACUUGGAGAUGAGCUGGGGUUUGAUUCUGUGCAUUUUGCCAGAAUUGAUUAUCAAGACAGAGCAAAGCGCAAGGGUGAUAAAUCUCUUGAAGUUAUAUGGCGAGGUUCCAAGACUUUUGGUUCUUCGUCUCAGAUUUUUGCCAAUGCCUUUCCAGUUCAUUAGAGUCCCCCAACUGGUUUCCAUUUUGAAGUAUUUGAUGAUUUUGAGACUCUCCAGGACAAUCACCUACUGGAGGACUACAAUGUUGAGCAACGUGUUAAUGAUUUUAUUGAGGCUGCUUUGACCCAAGCAAAUGUGACAAGGGAUAACCAUGUAAUGUGGACAAUGGGUGAUGAUUUCCAGUACCAAUAUGCUGAGUCUUGGUUCAAGCAAAUGGACAAAUUCAUUCACUAUGUUAACAAGGAUGGUCGAGUUAAUGCAUUAUAUUCUACACCUUCUCUGUAUACCAAUGCAAAGAAUGCAGCAAAAGUAUCAUGGCCACUAAAAACUGAUGAUUACUUCCCAUACGCAGAUGGAAUAAAUGCUUAUUGGACAGGGUUCUUUACUAGUCGGCCUGCGUUGAAACGAUAUGUGCGGGAACUGAGUGGAUAUUAUUUGGCAGCAAGACAGCUUGAAUUCUUGGUAGGGAAGAGAUCUGGUCCCACUACCUUCUCUCUAGGAGAUGCUUUAGGAAUUGCUCAGCACCAUGACGCUGUCACUGGCACUGCUAAACAACAUACAACAGACGACUAUGCUAAACGCCUAUCUAUUGGAGCCUCUGAGUUGUGGAGCUCUGCUCUAUCAUGCUUAACUAGUACUGGAUCAAGAGAUCAAUGCGCAAAGCCUACAACGAAAUUUAGCCAGUGUCCAUUACUAAAUAUCAGUUACUGCCCUCCAACAGAGGAACAUUUUCCAGGUUUAGUGGCGUAUAAUCCAAUUGGAUGGAAACGUACUGACUUUAUAAGGAUACCAGUUAAAGUUAAUAAUCUUGUUGUUAAAGACUCAUCAGGCAAUGUAAUUGAUUCCCAAUUUGUACCUAUGGAUGGUGUUACAAACAACUUAAGGAAAUUCUACACAGCAGCCUAUUUGGGACAUUCAUCAAAUCAAGUCCCUAAAUAUUGGCUUCUCUUUCAAGCAUCUUUGCCUCCACUAGGAUGGAACACUUAUUUCAUUUCGAACGCAACUAAUAAAGUGGAAAGAAGUAAGAGAUAUCUCUCUGCAAUGGACUGUCCACAGAAUGAUGACAUUGAAGUUGGUUCUGGAAAUUUGAAGAUUAACUUUUCUGGAACCACUGGACAACUUAAACGAAUGCAUAAUACGAGAACAGGGGUUGAGGUAGCACUACAACAGAGCUUCCUCUGGUAUGGUUCAAGUACAGAUGAUCAACAGCCUUCCAAUGCUUACAUUUUUCGGCCUAAUGGCGCCCCACCAAAUAUAGUUUCAAGAUCAGUUCAAGUGCGUGUUGUAUGUGGACCACUGGUCGAUGAAGUUCAUCAACAAUUUAGUUCAUGGAUCUACCAGGUCACAAGACUUUACAAGGAUAAAGAGCAUGCUGAAGUUGAAUACACUGUCGGGCCAAUUCCAACUAACGAUAGUGUUGGGAAAGAGGUGAUAUCACAAAUCACAGCCAAUAUGGUUACAGAUAAAACUUUUUAUACUGACUCCAAUGGAAGGGACUUUCUGAAGCGGGUACGAGACUACAGAGCUGACUGGAAUCUUUCAGUUAAUCAACCUGUAGCAGGGAAUUACUAUCCUCUUAACCUUGGAAUUUACACUAAGGAUAAGAAAUCUGAACUCUCAGUUUUAGUUGAUCGUGCAACUGGAGGAGCCAGCAUUAAAGAUGGACAAGUAGAGCUAAUGCUUCAUAGGCGUUUGCUUGAUGAUGAUGUUCCAGUAGUUGGAGAAGCCCUCGAUGAAAUGGUUUGCGUUGGAGGCAAAUGUGAAGGUCUAACGGUUAGAGGAAACUACUAUUUAAGUAUUAAUGAACUAGGGGCCGGUGCACGCUGGUGCAGGACAACUGGUCAGGAAAUUUAUUCACCAAUUCUUUUAGCUUUCACACAUGAGAAAAUGGAGACAUGGAAAGCAUCUCAUCUCACAAAAGCAACUGUCAUGGAUUCAAACUACAGCUUGCCUCUCAAUGUUGCUUUAAUUACUCUUCAGGAGUUGGAUGAUGGAAGUGUUCUCCUCCGUUUGGCACAUCUAUAUGAGGAGGGUGAAGAUGCUGACUAUUCCAAGCUAGCCAAAGUUGAACUAAAGAAGAUGUUUACCAGAAAAUCGAUAAAAGAGCUAAAGGAAAUGAGCUUAUCGACAAACCCAGAAAAAUCAGAGAUGAAGAAGAUGAAAUGGAAAAUUGAAGGCGACAAUGGACAAACACAAUCCCCAAUUAAGGGUGGCCUAGUUGAUAGUUCAGUUCUUAUUGUUGAGCUUGGGCCUAUGGAAAUUCGCACUUUCUUGUUAAAAAUUUGAAAAUAAAGAAAUCAAUAAUAAU